AUGACUUCCACUGUUUUGUACAUUGGUGCUGGUUGGGAUAUAGUUCCAUUACUGUGCCAGUUUCCAAGCCAUGUUAACGAGAACUUUACAUCAUUUUUAUUUAUCGAUCAAUUACCAAAAUACGGUUACUGGGAACCAUUUGGAGUUGGUUAUGCAUAUAGUGGUGGUUGGGGCAAUAACAUGCGAUUCCCAUCUACGUUGAAAAAUGUACUUGAACGUUAUAUUGGUAUUGAAUUUGAAGUACAAAAUGGUGAUAGGCUUGAAUUUAAAUUAAAAAAUGGGAGGUCUCUCGUAUAUUGGAUGAAUACUGUUUAUCCUCUAGUCAAUCCAAACAGUUUGCUGCUAGAAGAAAUCAAGAAAGUUCGUGGAAUGUGGGUAUGGGGUUUCGUAACAGAUAUGACGCAGUUAUUUACACUUGCGCCUGAUAUUAAAUAUAUUUUUAAACAUCAAGCUGGACAGUCAUUUAAAACACCGUAUGCUAUUGAAAUACGUUAUGUUACUUACGACGACCUUCGUCUCCCAAUUCCUAUGCCGUGGACUGAACAAGAUGAAACAAUCUUUCAAGAAAGAAACAGGUACUUAUGUUACCGUACAGCAUGUUCGUUUAGGGAGUUCUAG